UCAUGGGGCCCCCGGGCAAUAGGGGAUCAUGGGGCCCCUGUGUCUUUGCCCAAACUCAAAUAUGCCUAUGAAAAAGGUACCAGGGGCAUCUCAUGGGGCCCCCUACUGACCCCAGGCCCUCGGGCAGUGCCCGAGUUUCCAAAUGGUCAGUCUGUCACUUUUUUUCAUGUGACAUUGAAAUAAAACAAGCAAAAAAACAAAACAUUAAUGUUAGAAAAUAGAAAAAAGCUGCACUCCACAACUCUGAAGAACAAGUGGAGGCCCUGGAGUCCACCUUUGCAAAAG